AUGACCAUGACAGAGGUAAAAGUAACGGUCGGCGUCCUGGCCCUCCAGGGCGCCUUUGAAGAGCACCUGAAGCUGCUGCAAAGGGCGUCGACCUUGUUCGGAAGCCGUCAUGUCGCCGCCAAGCGAGUGCCCGAAUUUGAGUUUCUCGAAGUCAGGACGCCGGACCAGCUGGCCCGGUGCGACGGCCUCGUCAUCCCGGGUGGUGAAAGCACGACGCUAGCGUUUGUGGCCAGGCAGACCAACCUAAUGGAGCCCCUGAGGGAUUUUGUCAAGGUUGACCGCAAAUCAACCUGGGGAACCUGCGCAGGCUUGAUCCUCCUCGCAGACGAGGCCACGGGCGCCAAAAAGGGCGGCCAGGAGCUCGUCGGCGGCCUGCACGUGCGGGCGCACCGCAACCACUUUGGUCGGCAGGUGCACAGCUUCCAAGCCGACCUGGAGCUGCCUUUCCUUGGCGAUAAGGCUGGAUCAGGGGGCGAGGGUGAUGAUUCGACGGCGACGCGACCUUUUCCGGGCGUCUUCAUCAGGGCACCGGUCGUCGAGACCAUAUUGUCGGGCGAUGCCGCCGGCGAUGGGGAUCGCGUCGAGGUGUUGGGGACCGUGGCGCGGGGCGAUGAGAAGGACAUCAUUGCUGUCAGGCAGGGUAAUGUCUUUGCCACGAGCUUCCACCCGGAGCUGACGGAUGAUGCGCGGAUACAUUUGUGGUGGCUGGGGCAGGUGGUUGAUAGGAUGCAGGGGAGGUGA